AUGGCGACAAGCUCUAGAUACGCUCAAGAUCAGCCGCAUGGGUUCUCUAAUAGGAUUGAGAAAGUCGCUGUCACCGGGGCAGGAGGUCGAAUGGGAAGUCUGAUAACCAAGGCGCUCCUUGGAACGAGCAAGCACGCUGUGACCGCCAUCACACGCCCCAACAGCGACACUACCUCUUUUCCCGCGGGCGUGAACAUCAUUCAGGUCGACUACAGUGGCGAUGAUGAUACAGCGCUCGUUUCUGGCCUCCGCGGGCAACAAGCACUGAUCAUAACUGCAGCCGUCACAGCACCUCGAGACAUGAUCCCCAAGCUCAUUAGGGCGGCGGCCAAGGCAGGCGUUAAAUAUGUCCUCCCCAACUGGUACGGCCAAGAUGCCGCCAACCAGUCGCUGUGCGACGACUCGUUGCUCACGCCGAUGCGUGACAGCAUCCUCGCCGAGUUCGCGGCUCUGGAACCGAACUCUACGGCGUACUUCCUGCUGUACUGUAACUUUUGGUACGAGUUCAGUCUCGGCGGUGGACCGGACCGAUUUGGUUUCGACUUCCAGAAGCGGUCCCUCAUCCUCUUCGAUAAAGGAGAUGUGGCCAUCAACGUGACAACAUGGCCUCAGUGCGCCCGUGCCGUGGCAAACCUGCUCAGUCUGAAGGAACUCCCAGACGACGCCACAGACAAAUCACCCACAAUCUCCCAGUUCGCCAACAAGGGAGUCUAUGUCUCCAGUUUUCUUCUGACGCAGAAGGAAAUGUUCGAAAGUGUCAAGCGCGUCACGAACACUUCAGACAAUGACUGGGCCAUCAGUACUGAGUCCUCUGAGCAGCGCUGGCGGGAGAGUCGUGAUGCCGUCCACCAAGGCAACAUUGAACCUUUCGCCAAAUUGCUGUACAGCCGGAACUUCUUCCCUAACGGCGGCGGCGACUAUGAGUCCCAGCUGCAGCUUCAGAAUGACGUGUUGAGCUUGCCAAAAGAGGAUCUUGACGAGGCCACAGCUGAAGCUGUUCGUAUAGGUGUCAGGGGCGAUGUGGUAAAGGCGCAUAAGGCUAGGGUCAAGGAAUGGACUUCUUCUUGA